AUGUAGAAGAUACCUGCAAUGAUUUGGUAGUUACUGGAGGUAAUGAAGAAGCUUUUGAUGAAGAGAUAGUUGAUGAGAAAGAUGAAGCAAUGUUUAAUAAUAAUGAGGAGAUGAUUAUUGAUGACAAGGUAUUUGAAGAAAUAACUAAUGAUAAGAUGUUUGAUGAAGAAAUAUAUAUUGACGAAAAGUAG